AUGUUCAGGUCGACGUGGGACGAUACUCUCGAUGAGCGUGCGGCCAGCUUGCCGACUGGACAGCUUCGGAUUUCGUCGGGAUCGUCAGCUUGCGAUGAGCUGAAGUGCGUCAAGCGAGAGCAAAGAUCGGACGGCGAAGGAGGACAAGGAUGGCUGAAUCUAGGAAAGCUACAUGUGCACUCGCAGCGCAGAGCAUGUCAGGGUCCAAUUCAAGAAGAAACGCUCCCAAGUGUUGGUUUCCUCCGUCUGCGCUCUCGUGACCGCGACCAGUCACACGGACCCCCGGACUCGUCGAUCGGGCUCUUCCGAGAAUUCAAGGUUGACGUGGAAACAUCAAGACAGCCGCACAUCUGCUGCUCAGCUCCUCACCACCAUCCUCAUCACCGCCAUCAUUCUCAGCGCCACAAGUCGUUGUGCAAGAUGGCAUCCUCAACAGAGAUGGAGACGGUCGAGAUCGGCAUCAUCGGCAUGGGCGACAUGGGGCGCCUUUACGCGACAAAGAUGAGAGAGGCAGGCUGGAAGAAGGUCAACGUCUGUGACCGACCCGAGAACUACGACAAGCUUUGCAGAGAGCUUCAAGGAUCAGGGCUCAACGUUCUACGCGACGGUCACCUCGUCUCACGGCGAAGCGACUACAUCAUCUAUUCUGUCGAGGCCGCUUUCAUCGACAAGGUCGUCGAGCAGUAUGGCUCUUCAACCAAGAUUGGUUCCAUUGUUGCAGGCCAGACGUCCGUCAAAGCACCGGAGAAGGCUGCGUUCGAAAAACACCUCCCGCAAGAUACCUACAUCAUCUCGUGCCAUUCCAUGCACGGUCCCAAGAUCGAUCCGACGGGCCAGCCGCUCAUCCUUAUCCAACAUCGCGCGCCCGACGAGAAGAUGCGCUUGGUCGAAAGGAUCAUGGCCUGCUUCAAGUCCAACUUUGUCUACCUCACCUACGAGGAACACGACACGGUCACAGCAAAUACUCAAGCUGUGACUCAUGCCGCCUUCUUGUCAAUGGGCACCGCAUGGUGCUGCUCGAAUCAGUAUCCUUGGGAGUCGGAGCGAUACCCAGGAGGCAUCGAGACGGUCAAGAUCAACAUCUGCUUGCGCAUCUACUCUGCCAAAUGGCACGUCUACGCUGGUCUGGCACUCCUCAAUCCUGCAGCCAAGACACAAGUAACUCAGUUUGCUCAGAGCUGCACCGACCUUUUCAAGCUCAUGGUGGCAGAACGAGAGGACGAAUUGAUGGAGCGCGUCUUUGCUGCGCGCAAGAAAGUGUUUGGAUGGGAAAAGGACGAGGAGAGCAACAGCAUCAUCUCGCGCACAGGCACGAGGGAGGAGCGCAAACCCAUUCUCAUGAGCGACAAGCUGCUCGACCGAUUCCACAUGGCUGCUCGCAAAGCAACCUCAACUUCUGGGCACGCAGAUGCUACCAGCGACGGGGAUGGCGCAAGUGUAACGUUGAGUCAAUCACCGCCCAACUCGCAUCUCUCGCUACUCGCCAUUGUCGACUGUUGGAGCUCGCUCGGCAUCAACCCUUACGAUCAUCUCGACCUCGCCGCGACACCCAUCUUCAGAAUAUGGAUCGGUGUCUGCGAGUAUCUCUUCCGCUCGCCCGAGCGUCUCCGUCAGGCAUGCCACGCCGCAGCAAGGGACCACAGCUUCAGAGCAGACGACACCGAGUUCGUCAUCGCAUCCCGCGGAUGGGCACAGGCAGUGCAAUUUGGCAACUUUGACAGCUAUCAGAGACGUUUUGAAGAGACCAGGGGCUUCUUCGAGCACAGAUUUCAAGAGGCAGGAGCGGUUGGUGCGGAGAUGCUUAAAGUUGUAUUGUCAAACUAG